UAUUUGAGUUCGGUUUUCGCGCGAGAAAUGAAAUGAGUUCAAGUUUGUCCCUACAAAUUGUGGGGAUAUUACUGGUUGGAGUGAUGCAAGUGAAAUGGAUUGCAGCUGGUGAUACAUUCAUAAAGUCCUCUCAGUACCACCGCAUGCCGCGGAUAACCGAAGCAGAUGACUAUGACCAAUGCAUGGAAGAGGCCCCGGCGGGUCAAAUUGCUGCGUACUGCUUGGUACGCGUCGUUCUAAGGCCGGACAACAGUUCCGAACUGUGGCAGUUGAUUGAGGGCUUUUCUAAAAACUGGAAGAGGCACUACAAUCAUGCCUUGUUGGACCGUGGUGUGUGUAUGGAGAACUGCAAGCGGUUGGUCAAGCGUUUGUCCAAUGCAACCCAACAGGCACUACGGGUGGAGAAAUUUCCCAUUGACUUUCCGUACAUCUUUGAUCCAUCCGUAUAUCAGGACUCAAACAAAGAUCGCGAACGGUACGGUGAAUUGCUAGACAUUUGUAUCAACUACCAGUUAAACGAAACGUAUCGCUUGAGGGCUUACACAGAAAUAGAAGUCUGUAGCAGAAAUGAUGAAUCUUUUGAUGUUGACAUUCUGGAUUUAUCAUUCGUACUUGUAUUAUCGGGGUUCAUACUUCUUACGAUUCUCUCCACAUGGUACGACAAAACAAUCAACUAUAAACAGGAUUUGGUACAUUACAAACAGCAACCAGACAGUUCUAGAAAAUUGUUCUUUGUUUCGUUCUCAAUCCUCCGAAACUGGUAUCGACUGACAUCUCGUUCUCAGGAUGUCUUGAACAAAGACUUGCGAUUUUUCCAGGCAAUUCGCUUUCUCACCAUGACCUUGGUCAUCCUCGGACAUGCCGUAAUGAUCUAUAGUAUCAUACCUUUACAAAAUACCAUUAGAAUGGAAAUGAUAUUCCACCAAAUGUUUAUGAUGAUUCUCACCGGUGGACCCCAGGUUGUGCAAACCUUUUUCGCCAUGAGUGGAUUCCUGCUGGCCAUUCAAAUGAUCAAGUAUGCAGAUGAUCGCUCACGAUCGCCGGGGAUAGUAUUCCUUCUGAAGGCCAUUGUCUAUCGCUACAUUAGACUAACUCCGGUCUAUGCGUUCGUAAUUUUACUGCAAGCCACAUGGCUUUCCAAGCUACAAGACGGACCUAUGUGGAAGGUCGGGACGGCAUCCGAGCGCGCUUUCUGUCGACGAAAUUGGUGGACCAAUCUGCUAUACGUGAAUAAUUAUCUUCAUGGAGACCAACCGUGUGUUCAACAAGCAUGGUACCUGGGCUGUGACUUCCAGCUCUUCAUUCUAGGAAGUCUGCUAUUGCUGGUGAUCAUAAAACUCCGACGGUACUCAGGAACCGUUUUGGCGAUGGCAGCGUUCGCCUCAAUUCUCGUUCCUUCGUACUUUAUCUACCAAGAAAAUCUUGAAGGGAUAUUCCUCGUUACGCUACAAGGUCAACGUUUCACCUUAUGGUUCGACGAAUUCUAUCAGAGAGCGUACAUCCCUUUGCAUGUGAAUCUGGGAAACUACCUCGCCGGAAUCAUUGCUGGCAUGAUUUAUCUCAAGCUAAGGAAAUCCAAUACCGAUCCUGCCCAAAAGGGAUGGUUUCGCACCCUUUGGUACUUGGUACCACCAGCAGUGAUCGGCACUCUACUCAUCAACUACAUCUUCUACGAGUACGAUUUUGCAAAACCAUCUCUAUGGAUGGCAGUAUUCUAUCCCAUUGCCAAAUACAGUUGGGGUAUCUACAUCAGCAUCUUCAUAAUCGGACAAAUAUUUGCGAUAUCACCAGUCCUUCGGCGGAUUUUCGACCACAGGAUCUUCGAACCACUGGGACGAUUGACCUAUGCGGCCUAUCUGUGCCACGUGUUCUUGAUGAGGUUGUAUGUGCUGAGUCUACGAACUCCAAUUCAUUUCAAUUAUAUCGGAUCGGUGUUCCUGAUAUUUGCGUCAGUUGUGUUUUCCUAUCUAAUGGGUUUAGUGUUAUGCUUAUUGAUAGAGUUGCCUUUCUCCACUCUUCAGAAACUCAUCUUCGGGGGUAUGAGGGGUGACGAACGUUCAAACGAUCAGCAAAGUCCCGAAGAUGCUACAAAAAAUGGGUCUAUCACAACAAACAUUGCGAGUAACAACAGUGGUGAUGUUAAAGUGAAUUAAAUACAUUGUAAAUGUUCUUAGUUAAUUAACUUUGGAAACUGGAACAAACAUGUAAAUAAAAAUA